AUGCAUAUAUUAUUUAAUGAUGCCAAAGAUUUACAUAUUGAAUAUAAGCCUACAACAAGAUUCAUUAAUGAAAUUGUAAAGAAAGCACAACAUUUAGGAAACCAAUAUACUCAAUAUAAUUACAAUAGCUAUAAAAUCACACAGCAAUUAGUAAGUUAUUUCAAACCUAAUCAAUUUUAUAAUAAGUUAUCUUUAUCGGAGGCAUUCCAAGAUUGGCCAAAAGGCAACAAACUGUAUCCUGAAAAUAAUACUAUUGUGGGAUCCUUACUGCAUUUCCUCUCUACGUCUAAAAUAAUCUCUAGUGAUGUAUCGUCUAAAGGGACUCAAUUAAAACUAUUGCUUACAUUAGAGGGAAACAUAAAAGCUAUUUUUAAACCUCGAUGGUAUGAGAGGAAUUCUAUUAUCGAAGGCCCAGUAUAUGCUGGAAAAGAUCGGGAUAAUGCAGAAAUACUAGCAUUUUAUCUAGCAGCAAUGUUGGGAUUGAAUUCUGCACCCAUAGCUAUCAGUAGAAAACUUACACGAAAAGAAUUAAGUUCUACACAAAUUGGCAAAUUAAAAAAAACUAUGUUUUAUAAUGAUGAAGGGCAAUAUUGUUUUUAUGGUAAGUGCCGAUACUGCACUAUAAAAGAACCAGUUUGUGAAGAUGAUUCUGGAGGUGUAGAUGGAGUGAUGAUACAAUAUUUAAAUUUAGAACAUAGGGGAGGCUUAUUGCUAAAAAGAUCUCCGUGGCAGAGAACUUAUAAAGAUACAAUUCAUGCAAGAUGGGAAAUUGAUCAAACUUAUUGCGAGAGUGUAAAAAAUGAAGUAUCACAGACAAGAUUAUUAGAUUUAGUAGAUAUGGCAAUAGUAGAUUUUUUGUUGCAAAAUGGUGACAGGCAUCAUUAUGAAACUUUUGAAGAUCGUACGAUUUUAUUAGAUAAUGGUAAAGGGCUUGGAAAUCCCUAUGUGGAUCAUAUUGAUAUAUUAGCUCCAUUUUAUCAAUGCUGCAUGAUAAGGAGCAAAACGUGGGAACAUUUGUUAUUGUUUGCAGGAGGAUCUAUGAGUCGGACUAUUAACACAUUAAUUGCAAAUGAACCAUUAAACAUGAUUGUUACAAAACCACAUUUAGAAGCAUUAGAUAGAAGAUUGAAAAUGAUUUAUAGUACCUAUGAAAUUUGUAAAAAUAGAAUAAGU